AGCACGGCACGGAGCUGCGCUCCGCUGGGCUCGGCUUGCGUGAGCUGCGCGGGUGUCGUUGGGUUUUGCUGAGUCGUAGGUGACGGUGGGAGAGCGGUGGCCGGCUCGGAGGUGUCGCAUCAUGAAGUUCCAGUACAAGGAAGACCACCCGUUCGAGUACAGGAAAAAAGAAGGGGAGAAAAUCAGGAAGAAAUACCCCGACAGAGUCCCCGUAAUUGUGGAAAAAGCACCAAAAGCCAGAGUACCUGAUCUAGACAAAAGGAAGUACCUUGUGCCUUCUGACCUCACAGUUGGGCAAUUCUACUUCUUAAUCCGAAAGCGGAUCCACCUGAGGCCAGAGGAUGCGCUAUUCUUCUUUGUCAAUAAUACCAUCCCUCCCACGAGUGCUACCAUGGGUCAGCUGUACGAGGAUAAUCACGAGGAGGACUAUUUUCUCUACGUGGCCUACAGUGAUGAGAGUGUCUAUGGCAAGUGAGCAGCAGUCCCCCAGGCAUGCAGGCGAGAUGGACUGAUGGAACUGAUUGGGGAAUAGAGGGAGGGUGUUGAAGAGGAGGAAGAAGAAUGCUUGAGAAGAGGGGAAGAGGACUGGAAGUUAACCACAUGCACAGUGCCAUCAUCUUCCAUGUGUUAAUUAUAACCAUUAUUUUUAAGUUGAGGGGAGGGAGGGUGGGGGUAUUGUAAAUGAAAUGAACUGAUAGGCUAACAAGAGGUUCUGUGUUGAGGAAUGGGAGAAUCCACUGUUUGUACUCUUCCCUUAUGCAGCUGGAAGUUGCUAGCUGGUACUGGAGGCUGCUAGACAAGCCAGUGUAGUGGAGCUCCUGGAGAGUGAAUGAACAGGAGGGAAAUGGUUGUUCAUGUGUAACCUUUCCAUUGGAUGCAGAAGGCAUGCCUGGAACCUGUACACUGAUCUUGUCGCACCUUACCCAUGGCACGGGUUGCAUACCUAUGAGCAUUCAGUAAGCUGUGAAAUAUUUCACCCUGACCAUACAAGGCUGUCCUGUGCUGAUAGUCCUCACUCUAGCUGCUAUAUGUGAAGUGUACCAAGUCUACUGUAUUUCCUGUUGCUUCCACCAUUUUAGAAUGCAUUUUACUCCCAGCCUCCAACUCUGAGGGCUGGGAGCUACUCAGCUGUGAGAUACAGAGAUGGAGAGGAUGAGGGAAAGAAGGGAGGAAUAUUUUUUUCCAUUGUUCUUCUAAUUGCAUGUUCUGGACAGAACAAUUUGAGACAACUCUUUUGUUCUUUUCAGUGAAGCUAACUGC